GUGCAAGAAGGGAAAAAAGCACUACCACACUCGCGAGGAACACAAGCACGAGCCUAAGCCUGAGCACAAACCCGAACCAAAGCCCAAGAACGGCAAUGACAAGGACCAGUAUAAGAACAAGGACUCGGAUAAGGGGGUACGGCAAGCGGGCUGAGUGGGCUGAGGCCGACACUGAGGCCGACACUGAGGCCGAUGCGUGGGCCGAGUGGGAUGAAGCUGAGGUCGACGCCGAAGUCGACGUUGACGAAAUAGUGGAGUAGUUCCAUGCUGAUAGCUUGGGUCGACAGCAGGACUGGGUGGGAUGAGGUCGAGGCCGAGAACGACAAGUCUAAAAAGCUUAUGCCAAAGACGAAGCCCAAGAUGCUCGCGGGUCUCAAAAGCAAGAUGUCGUUCUGGGUCUAUGGUCCUGCUUCCGGCAUUCCAUAUCGAUGUGGCGAAUAAUGACUGCUGGCUCACCUGUGGGCUUACAUCCGGUCAUUCUCGUUUCCUUUUUCUUGUCUCGGUUUUGGCUAUUUGAGGGGCUCUCUUUCUUGCUUUUGCUUUUUCUCGUCUAUCGUAGCAAACAUUCACGGUUCGUGCUCAUUGCAAUCUCAUUGUUUCGUGUCAAGCACACCAAAACAGGUGCGCAGAAAUGAAAGAAGGAACUCGGAAUAGGUAGAAAAGUUGUUGAAAAGAGUCUUCAUCCC